UCCUCCCCAACAUUGUGUAUGGCAAAUGACCAGCCUACCGUUUGGCCUAGCAAGUGCACCCAGAACCUUCGCCACUCUCUCGAACUGGGUGGCACAGCAGUUAAGGCUCAGAGGGAUGAGGGUUCUGGUAUACCUGGACGACUACCUUUUGGUAAACCAGUCCCGCCGCCGGCUACGGGACCAUGCUCAUCAAGCCAAAGCCCUGCUACACGAGCUGGGCUGGGUAAUAAACAAAGGGAAGUCGUCGGCACAACCAGUUCAGAAUAUCGAAUUUCUAGGUAUCGAAUGGAGCACGGUACAGAACAUCAAGUCAUUACCACGCGAGAAGCUCUUCAAACUACAGGGUUGCCUAGAGAAGUUUCUGGUUGCACCUGCUUGGUCACCGCUAGAUCUGCAGAAGCUGGUGGGUUGGCUAAACUUUGCCAGUUUCAUAGUUCCGUACGGCAGAAUCAACUUCCGCAGCCUGUUGACACUGAUGCAGAGGGCGGUCCGCGAAGGGAUUUCAGUGGCCCCCACUGCCCAGGCAGUUGUCGACCUUCAGUGGUGGAUGAACCACUUCAAAGAGGUGAGCGAAAUCUGGCUUCAACCUCCCACGCACUUCAUAGUGACAGACGCAUCAGACGUCGGUUGGGGAGCGUACGUGGAUGGCCAUUACCUGCAGGGUCCAUGGCUGGCACAAGAAACUUCGUUCCGAGCCAACAGGAAGGAAUUGCUAGCCAUAUCAUUUGUUCUCCAGAACAUGGCCCAGAACGCUCACGUAGUUCCCCGAUAUGUAACGCGAGACCUGAGAGAUCCAGCAGCAGACUUCCACGAUGCCUUCAGCAGAACUUGGACUUACAAGCUGGCGUGGAUAUUCCCGCCACCGUGCCUGAUGCAUCAGGUGUUGUACGCGAUGAACCAAGCGCAAGGCAAGUACAUAGUGAUCUGUCCUCGGUGGCUGAAUGUGUUUUGGAGGGCGGACCUAAAAGCAAGGGCACUAUGUCCACCCUUCACGAUUCACAACCUGCACAGAGUGUUGAAGGACACUACCACAGGUCAACCUCCUCCACAGGUAGACCGCCUAGUAUUAGAGGCAUGGCUGAUUCGGGGUGGGACGAGCUGCUACAUGACUGGUCCCCUUCACAAAGGUCACUAGUAGAAUCUAGCUGGAGACCAUCUACUCUGAGAACGUACAAACAAUGCUGGCUUAGAUGGAGUUCAUGGUGUAGAUCAUCAAACGUUAAUCUUAAAGAUCCUGGACCUGGUGGCAUCGCCAAGUACUUAGUUUAUUUGCACAAGACACUUCAUCUCAGCUACAGAACAAUCCUUGUACAUAAAUCUGUAGUAACUAACUUUUGUAGACCGCAGGAUACUGCUAUUUUAAGCUCACACACAUUAGUUAGACAAGUACUCAAAGGCAUAGCCAAUGAAACAUGUGCUAAGACUAAAGUAAAUAAGCCUCCUAUUUGGAAUCCCCAGCUGGUCAUAGACUGGCUAGUUCAUAAUGAUCCGAUUUCGGACAAUUUAUUUGAUAUUUCCAGAAGGUGUGCUAUCCUGUUGCUGCUAGCUUCCGGGAGGCGGGUCCAUGACCUAACGCUACUCUCGGUAGCCCCUGAUCACAUGGAGGAUCACGACGGCCGCAUCACUUUCUGGCCCAAGUACGGGUCAAAGACAGACUGCCUCGCCCGCAGACAGUCUGGAUGGGAACUGUCAUCAGGUCCUCAUGCAAAUAUUGACCUUGUUCGAUGGCUUCGCCGACUGGUA